CCGACUGCCAGCGAUCGCCAAUCCCCCCCCCAUUCCCUCCCCACCACGAUCGACAUGGCCAACGACCCUAACAUAGAGUUGUGGACGCUGUACGCUUUCGGCAUAUCGUUCACAAUUCUCAGAACCUAUGCGCGGAUUACAGCCGUGGGCUGGCGAGAGCUGCGUGCUGAUGACUAUCUGAUAUGGUUUGCCAUGCUGAUUUACACGACACAAUGUACUCUCGGCUACAAUGUAGGGCUGCUGGCUCGCGGGCUCGCAAACAAUGGCAUGACAGACGAGGAACGAAGUGCGCUUUUGCCAGACGACCCAGAGUAUGGAUGGAGAGUAACAGGCUCGAAAAUCCAAGUCGCCGGCUGGACCACUGCGACAUGUUUGCUCUGGACGCUUAAGAUGUGCAUGGCGAUAUUCUAUUUGCGCCUGACCAACGGCCUCAAACAAUACGCCACGAGAAUCCACAUUGUCAUGGGAAUGAUUAUUGGCACAUGGGUUAUGGUCAUCAUGACAAUUUACCUUUCCUGCCGUCCCUUCCAUCAUUACUGGCAAAUCAGUCCAGACCCAGGCAAUCUUUGCUACCCAGCGGUAUCGAAAUCCAUUGUCUGGAUGAUGUUCGUCACCAAUGUUGUGACAGACAUUGCGCUAUUAUUGAUCCCCAUACCUAUGCUCUGGCAAUCGAGUUUGAGGCGCUUAAAGAAGGUCGCUUCUACAUUGGUGCUGAGUGCUGGCAUCUUCGUCGUUGUAUGCGCGGCUCUGAAGAGUAUCUACGUUAUUGUCGACCCUGUUAAUGGAGGCAUCCUCGCGGCACAAUGGGGUACUCGAGAAACCUUCGUCGCGGUAGUCACGACCAAUCUGCCCAUGAUAUUCCCUCUGCUCCGAAACUUCCUCGCGCCUUACAUCCAGAGCUCCGUGCGAUCCAGCAGCAACCAAAAAGCGUACAAAAACCCAGGCAGCGGCUUCGUGACCAUCGGCGGGGGCGGCGCAUCCAAGGGCGCGUCCAGUCGGCAACGAAGCGCCAACCCCAUCACGGCGAACAUAACGUUCGACAACGACAGCGAGGAACAUAUUGUCAAGGGCGACGAAGACGUGAAGAUGCGGAACCUCAAAAGUUCACGGUCGGGACACUCCACGCCAAAUGCCAUCGUGGUGUCUCAGCAGAUCACCGUCACUUCGGAGGAUUACAACGGUGAAAGAGACGUGGAACCGUUCCAGCGAGUCUGA